UUGUUUUUCGGCACUCAAAAUGGCUGUGUCGGUCGUUGCUGCCGAGCCAUGUCCAACCAAAGAGGCGAUUGCCGAAGGUAUGCUCGAUCUGUUGAGGCCAGCAAUUCAUCAAGUUGACAUACAUGUUCACUCGGUCAGAGAGAGCCAGGUGGAAUUACGAGUCCACAUAGACAAUUUGGCCACAGAGCUAUGCAGGAUUAAUGAACACCAAAAGGUGGCCAUAGAUCUUGACCCUUAUGUAAAGAAGCUCCUCAAUGCACGGCGCAGAGUUGUGCUUGUCAAUAACAUCCUGCAGAAUGCACAGGAGCGACUAAGAAGGCUCAACCACAAUGUGGCUAAGGAAACAGCAAGAAGAAAGACAAUGUUGGAGGCUUCUGGAGUAUUUCCAUCACACUCUCCCAGCAAACCAUGAACAUUUAACACUUGUCUGUCACACUUUUUUGUGUGAUAACUCAUUUUUCUAAGUCUCACUCUAUGAAAAUCUACAAUAACUGGAACUGAACAGUAAAUUAAGUGAAUGUAUUGUCUUAUUUACUGUCCUUUUGACUGCGUGACUGCUAACACUCAUUGUUUGUCUAUUACAGAUCCAAACUUGCCUACUUCUCCUCUGUCUUUUUCUUUAUUCACUAGGCACAGACAGAUUGUCAGGAUCGUGAGCGAGAAAAUGAGUAAAUAACUUCGCAUACAGUAAGAUGGAAUGAGGAUAAUAGAAGUUUACAUGGAAUCUAACGUACUGCUGAAUUAUUGGUUGUGUUCAAAAUGAGCCAGGUGAUUGCAGACCAGAACUCUUCGUCACUCCCAGGGCGUGCUGGGGAAGAGAGUGGACAGAGACCUAACUGGCCCGCAUGCCUGUCAUAGUUUGUCAAAGAUGAAGAAGUUUGAUUCAUACACAAAUGUUUUAAUCCCUGUAUUUACGGUUGCAAUUUUCUGGUAAAUAAGCAUGUACCUUUUUAGGCAGGUUCCCUUCAUUCAUCAGCUUAUGCAUUUAAGAUGUGGUGCAUGCGUGAAGACAUGUUGAUGUAAGAUGUCACUAUUAUGUUAUUAUUCACAAAUGUAUUCAAAUACGAAUCGCAGUGCACAAAACAUAAUAAUGAAUAAAUGAGAUAUUCAAAGUCUGGGGAUCAAUCUAUAUUUUACAAGGAACACCUAGAGCUGACAAAGAAAAUUAAAAAGGGGCAGAAAAUUGUACAUAU